AUGUAAAAGAAUGAAGAAACUGUUAAAUUAGAUACUUCUAAUCUAAAUACAAUACUUAAUGAAGAGGAAUUUUACUCUAAACCUUUGAAUGCUGAAACUAAUAUCUUCAAAAGAAUAUUUCUAUUGAAUGUAUAAGAUUAUAUGAAUAAUCUAUAUACUGAAAUUGUAAGUAAAGACAUUAAAUUUAAUUUUUCACAUACACCUCCAUUAUAGGAUAAUUAGAAGAUUGAAGUUGAUAAACUUGAGAAUCUUCUUAAUCAAAAAUCAUCUGAAAUUACCAAAUUGUCCCUAUUCAAACUAUUUUUCCUAUAAUAAAAAUCAAAAUUUGCUUUAAUUUUAUUUGUAUUAGCACUUUUCUCAAUCUCAAAAUGUGGAAUAUCUAUUUUAUUAUCUACACUAAUAGAUUCUAUAUAAUAAGACUUACCAAUUAAAUAUGCAUAUGGUAUAGGAUUAGUUUUAUUAAAUGGAUUAUCUAUCAUAUGUCAACAUUAAUUCUAUUCAAUAGGUUAUGAAUAUUCUACAAUUGUAAGAAUGAGUAUGGCUAAUAUACUCUAUCAUAAAAUCUUUAAAUUACACACUUAUUAAAUCAAAAAUACAAAUUAAGGAAAAAUAAUCAAUAUGAUAUCAGCAGAUCUAAAUUUAUUGGAACCUUUCUUAAUUUAUAUGUUUGUUGUAUUAAAUCUACCAAUAGCAUUAGGAUUAACAGCUGCUAUUUUAUGGAUCAGAUUUGAUGGUCCUUAAGGUUUACUAUUAUUGGCUUUACUAUUUCUUGCUUAUCCUAUUUAAUUGUUUUUCACUCAUAGAAUUACAGUAUUAGUCAAAAAAACUAAGGAAUAUGCAGAUUAAAGAGUUAAAUUGACAAAUGAAUUUAUUGAAGGUAUUAGAUUAAUUAAGAUGUAUGCGUGGGAAUAGUCUUUUAUUAAAAGUAUUAGAAAUCUAGCACAUUAAGAACAUUUUGCUUAUAUAUUAACACAUCUCUAAUAUGUUAUAUUGAGAGGAACUACUUUUUUUAGUUAAAUGUGGGCAAGUGCAAUAUUUUUUAUGAUUAUGCAUUAUGGAGAAUUUUAUGAAAUUAAUGUUUCAAUAAUGUUAUCAACAUUAUAAUUAGCUGCUUUUGCUAGAUUUUUUUGCGUUAAUUUGUCAUCUUUUGGAUUAGAUUUUAUUGCAAAUUUAAAAAUAGUCUUAGAAAGAAUGCGGGUUGUAUUAUCUAUGGAAGAAAUAACAUAAACCUAAUAAUUAUUAGAUUAUCAAUAAAAAGAAGAUGGGUUAGUUCUACAUAAUCUUGAAGGAUAUUGGAAUGUUUAGGGAUAGCCAUAGAUUAAAUUAUCAUUUAAAUUUAAUAUUGGAUUAUAUGCUGUUAUAGGAAAAAUUGGAUCUGGAAAAUCAUCAUUAUUGAAUGCAAUUAUUGGUGAGAUGCCAAAAACGACUGGUUCAAUUUUAUUAAAUGGAGAUGAUAUCAAAAAUAGGAAAGUUGGGUAUGUAGAAUAAGAACCUUUUAUAUUUCCAGCUAGUUUUAAAGAGAAUAUUCUAUUUGGAAGACCAAUGGAUGAAUGUUUAUACUAAUUAGUAUUAGAAUAAUCUAAUUUGAUUAUGGAUCUUCAAAAUAUGGAAAAAGGUGAUAGUACUAUGAUAGGAGAAAAAGGACUCACUUUAUCAGGAGGAUAGAAGGCUAGAUUGAGUUUAGCAAGGGCAUUAUAUGAAGAUGCAGAAAUUUAUUUACUAGAUGAUCCAUUAUCUGCAGUUGAUGCUAAAGUAUCUAGAUCUAUAUUUAAUAAUCUCAAAUAAUUGGCUAAAUAAAGGAUUAUUAUAUUGGUUACUCAUUAAGUUUAAUUUGCUCCUGAAUGUGAUUAGAUUAUAAUUAUGAAUGAAGGAUAGAUCAUGGCUAGUGGUGAAUUUAAAGAUGUAAACUAACAUUUAAAUUUAAUUACAGAUACAUUCUCAUAACAAGAAUAAUAGGUGUAAUAUAAAAAUAAUGUAACUAAAUAAGAUAAUGAAUUAUAUAAAAAGGAAGAAUUAACUUCAAAGCCAGUCACAUUUGAUACUUAUAAGAGAUUUAUUAAAUAAUGGUCAUGUCCAUUUUUAUUAAUCAUCAUGAUAAUAUUUUAUCUUGGUUAAGAAGUUCUAUUAUAAUUAUACAUAUUCUUUAUAUCUGAGUAUGAAGAGGAGGGUUCCUUCUUUUUAUUGAUUGGAAUGUUGUGUAUUGGAGCUUUGAUAUUAAAUUUAAUAAAGUAUGGAAUCACUACUUUUAGUAUUUUAUCAGGUACAAAAUAAACUCAUGAUUAAAUGAUAAAUUCAUUAAGUUAAAGUCCUAUUUCAUAUUUUGAUACUAAUCCAUCAGGUAGGAUACUUAAUAGAUUUUCAAAUGACAAAAGUUUAUGUGAUUUUACAAUGAAUUUAUCAUUAUGGGAAGUGUUUGAGUUAAACUCAUAUUUCUUAGUUUCUAUUGCAUUUUUAAUAUCAAUACUUCCUUAUUUUGUAAUAGUUAUGUUUUUCAUAAUAUGCUUUUAAGUUUAUAUAUUAACAAGAUCUUAUAAAAUUAUAAUAGAGACUAAAGAAUGCGACUCAAUUUAAAAAAGUCCACUUUUUGAUUUCUUUAAGAAUACAUUAAAUGGAAUAGUGUAGAUAAAGUUAUAUAAAUAAUAAUAAUACUUUAAAUCAUUCUUUAAUUAAUUAUCUAAUAAUUGUAUAAGAUCUAAUUUUACAUUUUAUUAGUGUUCAACAAAUUUUGGAUACAAAGUACAUUUAUCUGGCUGGUUUGCAUCAGUAAUAGGUACAAUGAUUGUGAUUGGAAUUUAUAAAAAUAAAUCUAUAUUCUCAUAAGCUUUAUUGAUUUUAACUAUCUUUAAUGAUCAAUUUUAAUGGUGUAUGAGACAAAUGAUAUAAGUACAUGCAAUGAUGUCAUCAUGUUAGAGAAUGUAUGAGAUCAUUGAUUUAACCUCUGAAGCUCCAUAAUAUCUUGAAUAGGUUUAAAACUGGCCAUCAGUUGGCUAAGUGAAAUUUGAAUAAGUUGAGUUGAGAUAUAGAUAUAAUACACCUUUGAUUUUAAAAGGAAUCAAUUUUGAAAUUCCCUAUAAAAAAAGAAUUGGAAUAAUUGGUAGAACUGGGGCAGGAAAGUCUUCAAUAUUAUAAGCAAUGUUUAGAAUGUCAGAAAUAGAAAAAGGAUAAAUAAUUAUUGAUGAUGUUAAUAUAUAAAAGUUAGGCUUACAUUAAUUAAGGUCUUCAAUUGGUAUUAUUCCUUAGAGUCCAUUUUUAUUUAGUGGAAGCAUUAGAAGAAACUUGGAUCCUUUUAAUGAAUAUUCAGACAAGGAAUUAUGGGAUGCUUUAUAAUAAACCUCAUUAGAUGAAUAUAUCAGAAAAUUGCCAAAUAAACUAGGUUCUGACAUGACUUAAGUUAAUUCUAUUUUUUCAGUAGGUUAGAAAUAAUUAAUUUGUUUGGUUAGAAUCAUACUAAGUAAAAAAAAAAUUAUUGUCUUGGAUGAAGCAACAGCUAAUUUAGAUUAAAAAACAGAUGAUCUUAUUCAAUUAGUGAUUAGUAAGUUUGAUGCUACUAUUAUAACUAUUGCACAUCGAUUGAACACUAUUGCAGAUUAUGAUUAUGUUAUGGUUAUGCAAGAUGGCAAAAUUAUUGAAUAUGAUAGACCAUUAAUGCUGUUAUGUAAUUCAAUAGAGGAUUUAGAAAUCACUAAAAAUACUGAAUUUGCUUAGAUGGUCAAAGCAACAGGGAAUGAAAAUUCAAAAGUGAUAUUAAAAUUAGCAAAAAGAAUUUAAAAUUGA